UUGCGGCCUUACUUGGGAACGAUUCAAGGAGUAUUUCCUUUCGCACUAUGACGGCAAAGAGACGGCAACCUCAGCGCUGAUAAGGAUGUUCGAGGAACCACCAGAGGAGAACGAACCCACGGUAACUUUCGGCAAUCGACUUCGCUCUCUCCUGGCUGCGAGAUGGAGUGGUCUAUCCAACGCCGAAUUAAUUAACGCUGUCGUCCUUCUUCGAUUGACUUCAUAUGAUCGGCGUGUCGAACGGAUCGCACUCACGCAAGACGUCCGGACACAGGACCAAUUUCUUCGGGAACUGAGAGCUCUCCCUCAUCCGACGAAGAGGCCGUUACCCUUGGCAGAUGAUCCGCCGACAGAACCUGAAGCUAAACGGAGCAGGACAUCAAACUCUCGGACAAAGUGUUAUUACUGUGGAAUCAUCGGGCAUAAGGCGACGGAGUGCCGCAAGAAGAUGCGGACCGAAAAGCAGAAGGAGACAAGGCGCCGGGAAGGGAGCCGACCAGCCACAUCGUCCAAGGUGUUUUGCUUCAGGUGCCGUGCGGAAGGUCAUAUCGCACCUGAUUGUCCGUUGCGGGAGGAUAAGAAAAGCAGUCACAACAAGGAACGGCGAGUCGACUCCUGCGUGGUGGAGGCUCCAACCGGUAAAUUAAGUCACCAGGUUACACCCGAGGACGUGUGAUAGUCAGAAUGGCCGUGU